UCUAUUUUUCUAUUGGUUGAAUUGUGGUUAGGUAAAUAAUUAAUGAUGUUUUUGUUUAGAAAAUAUAAGAAAUUAAUGGUUUUCUUAAUCUACGUGCAUAGCUGUAAAACGACUUAUAUUAAAAAACGGAGGGAGUAUAUGUUUGCGUGUCUAUUGUCACCGAACCAUGCGAGUCGUCGAAUCCGCGUCUCCAACGUUUUAUUAAUUGGGACUCUAAUUAACUUAAACGUGUAACUUAUAAAAACACCCGAGUUCUAUAUUAUACUAUCUGAUUCGAUUUUCAUCCCACAGAAAUCUUCGACUUGAUAAAAUGUUAAAUAUUAUUACCAAUUUUUAAUUUUUGACAGAAAUUAGAAUGGUUAACUAGUAGCAGAAAAAAUAUAUUCACAUACAAGAUCAAUUUACUUGAUGUUUUCAGUUAACUUAUACACAUUCUAUUUCCUUUACAGAUUUGAGAUUAUAUUAGCUUCAGUUUCUGUAAAAAUAUUAGCAAUUUACAUUUUUUAAAGAACAUCUACAUUUAUCGUUAGAAGAAUUAUUCCACUAAUUGAGAUGUAAAUGACAUCCUUAUUUAUUCAUAAAAAACACAGCUGGUGCGGUUUAUACACACAUAGUAUUGGCCAAAACUAAACGGAUGCGGUCAAUCGAAAGAGACUUAAAAAAAAGAUAAUGCAGGCUUAUGUUAUACCAUUUCGCAAAUGUAUCAAGAUUCAGUUUCCUAUUAAAUAUUUGAGUUGGAAAAAAAAAAGAGAAAGACAAACUGGAAAGUUUUGAAUUAAUAUAGACUAGACAUUGUGGCAUCACUACUCUAUGUUCUUUUCCAUAAAAAAUAAGAAUAUUUAUACAUUUUGUUAAGGUUGCUAUAUAUACUUGUCAAGUCACAUUACAUGUUGCUACACACCUAAAAGAUAGAGUAGUUAUUGUCAAAUUAUGAAAAUUUUAAACUAAUGAUACUGUGUUCACAUGUUUGUUAAUCUAUUACUAUGGACUUUUCGUGGCUCGCGUGGGAUUAUGAAAUUAUAACUUCAAUAAUAGUAUAUUGCUUAAUACUAGCGUUGGAUAUGGUAAAUAUUAAUUUUUUCUACAUUAGAAAUACGUUCAUAAUAUCCUCCCCCCCCCCCCCCCCCCCCCCCUCUAAAUCCGCAGAUUAUGUAUGCAUAGAUUCAUCAAUUUACCUGCCAGUUUUUAGUUACAUUUGCCUUUAGCUAUUUCAGACUAUAUAUAGUAUAUAGUCAAGGGGUGGAUCGAGACCUAUAAUUUUUUCUACAUUAGAAAUACGUUCAUAAUAUCCAUGCCUUUAGCUAUUUCAGACUAUAUAUAGAUUAUAGUAUAUAGUCAAGGGGUGGAUGGAGACCUAUUUUUUCUACAUUAGAACUACGUUCAUAAUAUCCCUCCCCCCCCCCCUCCUCUAAAUCCGCAGAUUAUGUAUGCAUGGAUUCAUCAAUUUACAUGCCAGCUUUUAGUUACAUUUGCCUUUAGCUAUUUCAGACUAUAUAUAGAUAUAUAUAGUCAAGGGGUGGAUCGAGACCUAUAAUUUUUACCUGUUUAACUAAUCUGAUGUAUACGUGGGAACCGAGCCUAAAGCAACGUUUUGACAACAUAUUACGAAAUUGAACAAAUUAUUGGUCCUACGUAAUUUGUCCUGACAAUGAGAAUAAGAGAUUCUCGAUACUAUAUAUAUAUAUAUAUAUAUAUAUGGUUCAAUAAAUAAUUCCUUCACAUGUGAUGUUUUCUUCUUCUUUUUCAUCUUCUUAUAAUUUUUUGGGGGUAAAAUUCUACUAUAUAAAAGUGAAAAUAUAAUUAUUUAUAUAUUCUUCUAAAUAAUUAUAUCUGCACUUUAAUAUAUAUAUAUAUAUAUAUAUAUAGUAUGUAUCUAAGCAUAUUUCUCAAACUUUUAGAUUUUUUUUUUUUUGAAAAUUUAUACUUUUAGUAACAUCGUAUUAUUUUCAAUAAAAUUCAACAAUUGUUUCGUUGCUAUAUAGUAUAUGUGUAGCUAGCCAGCUAUAAUCUAAAAUAGGUUCAAACGGAAACCCAAUUGAUACAAUUUAAUUUUUGAUAGCCACCACGAAUAAUUUUACUAUUAAUAUAUUUUGGGUGUAUUUUCUCUUCUCUUUUUGGGGUCAAAGUGCAUGGGUGCAAUUUCUCGAUUCGUAGUACGUUCGAUGGGAAUUUAGUCUAACGUGAACGUGCGAUCUAGUUAACGUUCACUAAAACCACAAUUAUACGUUUCGUUUAAACAUCGGUCUUAUACAAAGUUGUACAUAAUUGUUUGCAUAUUUUUUAAUAGCACAAACCAUGUUCGGUUUGCAGCUCACUAAUCAGUAAAACGAAGUGUUUCUGCGUCUAAAGAGUUUUGGCAGAUCUUGAAUGAAGAAACAAAGGGUAUGAAUGUAGUGCAGAGUAAAUGCAGUACAAAUGCAGGAAAAAUUAAUAUGCAGAUUGAUCUGCACUUUAUUUCCAAUCAACAUUAAAAAUGCAGAAGAAAUUAUAAUAUUAAAAAAUUAAGAAAACUGCAUGCAAGAGAAUUCAUGUGAUAAAAAACUGAUCUGCAAGCAAUUGGAAUAAGUGGGCUGGUCGAACACAGGAGCCCAAUGAAGUGUUGUCUUUCAUUUUUUAUCACAUGUAUAACAGAACAUGUAUGUAAAUAAGAAUUAGACAACAGUAAAUUGAACCCGUAUUUUUCGGCAAAACAACGACUUUGUCCUCUUCAUUCUCGUCAUCUUGUGUCAAUUAUUAUGGUCAUUAUUGGUUCUUUUGUAAAUUUAAGGCGAUGCAAGCACGCGUGGUAAUCAUUUUAGUAUUCAUAUUUCGCAGUAAUUAUGAAAGUCUAUCGACUUUGAGUUUUUUUUUCUUGAUUCACGAUUUAACAAGUGGCUCAAAAAGUAGUGUGCCAAUUAGUAUUUACUCCAAUUUAACCAGUCCCUCGUGCAUGCACCUCGAAGAUGUUUGAUUAAAAAUAGUAAACACACUUUUAAAAUAACUUCUUAGAUUGGCAUCAUAACUUCUUAGAUUAAAUACAUAGGGAGUCUUUUUUUUUAAUCAAAUACAUAGGGAGUUAAGUAUCUCAAUUCAUGAUCUGCAACAUUUGGAAGAUACGUAAUUAGAGAUUACCUUUUUCGAAAGAAUUAUGUCAAGAAUAAAACAGUCAAGUAAUCUGAAAAUCACUUCUGAAGAUGAAAUAGUACUGUAUACAUUCUAGUUUCGUUCUUGAUCGUUAAUUAAGCGCCUGCUAAUUUCCUAGGUAUGGUAAAUCCUGAAUACCGUGGUCCGUGUCCAAUGGAUGAUGAUAGCUAUAAUGAAAAAGCUGCCUUAGUGUGGAACCGGUAGAAUGCCAGGCUACUUAGCCAGCCAAUCAACCGGAGAGGAGCAUAUAUAAGAGAUCAAAAGGACCCUACACUUGUCCCUCACUACCUGAAACUACAAUGUGAUGUGACUCGUCUCUGAAUCUUGUCGUGCUUCGAGCCAAACACCGCACGUAUGGUCUACUUCAGUGCGUGUCGACCCUUUUGAAACAAAAACGGAUAAAGCUCCUUCUCUGGUAAGCCGGCAGAUUCUGUUUCUCUUGAACCCAAAAGUAAACAAGAAUAUGUAUUAUAAUUUAGUAAUAAAAGGGAAAAACUAUGAAUACAUAUAACAUAUUAGCUCAUUAUACGUGUUUACACGAAGCCCACAAGUUUGGCUUUUCCACUAAUGAAUGAUCCGAGCCAUGCCGUUUGUUUUUGUUUGAUAGUAUAUUAUUAGGUUUUUGUUUUCUUUCUGUUGGCUGCUUAAGGGUUAACGUAAUUUGCUAAUUCACCACUAGUUUUAUGAAUUGUUAAUUGCUAAGAUCAUGUUAUUAGUUUCGAUUUUCGAGGUAGUGUUAGUACUAAUUACUUUAUUUGACAUUUUGUAUUCAUCUUAAACUAGGUUCGCUCAUCCCGGAUUCUAGGUUUUGAUUAAUUAUUCAAUACGUGUACUAGUUUUAUGAUAUUUGAUCUGGUUCAUUACAACUUUGGUUCUAAUGUCAGAUAUUGUACUACUAGUCAGCACUUUACAUUAUAAAUAUUCAUUUAUCUUAAAUUACAUAUAAUGUAGAGCUUGAUGUCACUAUUGACUUAUAAAUUUGAAACUAGUUCAUUCAACAAAGCCUCCUUAAUUAGAUUUUUUAUUUAUUUGGUGAGUCCACAAAAAAUUAGAGUUUAUGGGGAAUAACAUACGCCAUUGCAAACCCCUUAUUUUACAUGGCAGGUUAACAAAACCAUUCAUCAAAAAUAGAAUUGGGUCGAGAAAAACUCGGACAUUUGUUUUCUUUUUGACAAAGUCUCACAAUUUCUUUCUAAAUAUUGACUAAAAAAUCUAAGGUUCAUUUUUCCCUCUCUCUUAGAAAACCAGGUCAACAUAGCCUAGCCAUAGAAAAAAAAAAGAGGAGACAAACUACGAACCAAAAAAAAUCAAGUACUGACAGAAGACGAACCCACCAACCACGUCUAUUGACAAUAAUACAUCGAUUUGAGAAGAGACAAGAACAACAUUUCUUUCAUCUCUUCUGGAAAUUUUAGCCUAUAGUUUGAUCAUAAUGCCAUUGUGUGCAAAGUUAUUGAUUCAAGAAGAGGGCAUGCAACAAAACAAGCUUUCCUGAGGUUGGUUUAGCUGACUGUUAUUCCUCGACGGGGUUUUGGUUCUCUCUAGCAGCGAAAGGAUGGCAGAAAAUCAGGCAGAGAAAAGGUCGCGUCGUGGGUUGUUAGGUUUCGUGUUUGGUAGACGUGGCUUGUGGUCCAAGAAAUGUACUGCGGACAAUGGUAAUAAAACCCCAAUGCGUAGCAGCAACGCCUCCGCACCUUGCACCUCUAAUAUUCAGUUCACCAAAUCUCCUGGUAACGAACUAAACUCCAAAAAGCUUCAAGAAUAUAAAGUUUCACCUGAACCGAUCCAGAACCAGAACCAGACCCAAAUACAAAGACCUAUUUCAAAACCCUUAUCGAAUCAAUACCCUAAUAAUAAUCCAGGACCGGUCCAACAACAAGCGAGGAAGGUGGUGCCUAGGGAAUCUAUCGGUUUAUCAGGCGAGCUUGAGAGUAUGAUCACGGACAAUCAGAAAGCCAAAGGGAUGAUGUUUGGUAAUCUUGGGAACUUGAAGCAGCCAGGAACAACAGCGGUUGGGAAUCAAACCACUGUUCAAAACAGUGGAUACGGUAGGAAGACAAUGGAAGGUGAAAGGCAAACACCGGUUAGGCCAAUAUCGGUUUCAAAUAACCAGGACCAGUCAGGGUCUUUGUGUAGGGCGAUAUCCACUCGAAUGGAUCCUGAAACGUUAAAGAUAAUGGGGAAUGAAGAUUACAAGAACGGGAACUUCGUAGAGGCUUUAGCAUUGUAUGAUGCUGCUAUAGCAAUCGAUCCGAAAAAGGCUGCUUAUCGUAGCAACAAAAGCGCGGCAUUGACAGCACUGGGGAGAAUCCUUGAAGCAGUGUUUGAGUGUAGGGAAGCAAUCAGAAUGGAGCCUCAUUACCAUAGAGCUCAUCACCGGUUAGCUAACUUGUACCUCAGGUUAGGAGAGGUGGAGAAUUCAAUAUAUCAUAUCAAACGUUCGGGUCCAGAAGCAGACCAAGAAGACAUUUUGAAGGCCAAAACGGUACAGAUGCAUCUCAACAAAUGCACAGAAGCCAAAAGAUUGCGAGAUUGGAACAAUCUGAUUAAAGAAACGAAAAACACCAUAGCUUCAGGGGCUGAUGCAGCUACUCAAGUAUAUGCAUUGCAAGCAGAAGCGUUUUUAAAGAGUUACAGACAUCAAGAGGCCGAUGAUGCUUUGUCUAGAUGUCCAGUUUUUGAUGUGGAAAUGAAUACUAAAUAUUAUGGACCGAUCGGUUAUGCCGGUUUCUUGGUCGUAUGGGCUCAAGUUCACAUGUCUUUGGGCAGAUUUGGAGAAGCGGUUGAGGCGAUUCAACUAGCAGCCAAGCUGGACAGGAACAACCGGGAAGUAAGUAUGGUUCUCCGGCGUGUACAGGCCGUUACUGCAGCGCGGUCCAAAGGCAACGACUUCUUCAAAACGGGAAGAUUUCAAGAAGCUAGCGCAGCUUAUGGGGAAGGACUAGACCACGACUCAAGAAACUCAGUCUUGCUAUGUAACCGAGCAGCUUGUCUAUUCAAAAUGGGCCAGUUUGAUAGAGCCAUAGGAGAUUCCACGGCAGCACUCAGCGUCCGUCCAGCCUACGCCAAAGCUAGGCUGAGAAGAGCAGACUGUAACGCUAAGCUUGGGAACUGGGAGUUAGCGGUUGGAGACUACGAGAUAUUGAGAAAAGAGACACCGGAAGACGACCAAGUGAUCAGAGGAUUGAUGGAGGCUCAGAACCAUCUCGUGAAACGCCGUGGACAUGAGAAUCUUUAACCAAACACAAACCGUUACAUUUGCGUUUUAUAAUAAUCUAGAACAAAGAUUUUAAACUUUACUAAAAUGUUUAUAGUCCAAGUAGAUGGAGAUCACAUGUAAGACUUUAUAAAAUGAACUCUUCUUAUAUAUAUGCAAAGGCAAAAUAGUUAUGUUUUUAAUAAGACAAAUAUUAUCUUUACAUAUAAGAGACAACUAGUAGAAGUACAAGAAGAACAGAGCUUAACAAUCUCAUGGAAGAGAAAAGAAAUAAUAAACCCGGGUUCGAAACUCAGUACUUGUCAAAUUUCGAGUUAUUUUUAUUAAUGAAGUGUGGGUGAAAAGACUUUUUACAUGCUCGUCAUCAAUCUCAAAGAAUUAUUGAUCCCUCCAUGGAUCUAGCUAGACUCGAUCCUAUAUACAAAAGCUAAUCGAACAAAAUUUAAACUAUCUAUACAAUUUUUUUUCUGUUGUAACUUUCCAUUCCAGUAUCAAACUCCACUGCCACGUCACUAUUUUGUAGUGAGUAUCCUCGCUCCGUGAAAACAUGUGCCGCUAGUAUCAUCAGCCGGAUUGGAUUGGGUCGCCGGACUGGAUUGGUUGGCCGAACUGGAUCGGGCGAAAGGAGGGGGCGCCAUUGCAUGUUACUACGGCUUGAACUACCUCGGCUCCUUCUUGAAGAUCAUAACUGAUCCUUGUUUAAUCCACGCCACAGUCAGUUUCAUCUUCUUUCUACUGACUCUGGACUUUCUUUACGACUUCGAAGAAGUGAUCGAGCUUUGCGAAGCGCCUGGUACGGGCUCAUGAUAAACGAGAAUCAGAAAAGGAUCAGGCAUUUCUUUGUGCACUCGACUUGUGUGUUUCUGUGCGUAUUCAAGUCUUUUCUUCGAUUAAACAUGCAGUUUUUUCUCUCAAAAAUUGAGAAUAAACCAGAAGAUCGACUUCCGUUGAUUGUCAAUCAGGCCACCCAAUCCAGUCAGGCGAUCCAAUCCGGUCAGGCGACCCAAUUAAAUCCGCCGAGCCAAUCCAGUCAGGCGACCCAAUCCAAUCCGGCGACCCAAUCCAGUUCGGCCAGCCAAUCCAGUCCGGCGACCAAAUCCAAUCCAGCGGAUGUUACUAGCAGCACAUGUUUUCACGAGCGGGAUGCUCACUACCAAAUAUUGACGUGACGUGGAGCUUGAUAUUGGAAUGGAAAGUUACAACAGCAAAAAAAAAAAAAAGUGUAUAGAUAGUUGAAAUUUUGUUCGAUUAGCUUUUGUACAUAAGAUCGAGUCUAGCUAGAUCCAUGGAGGGAUCGAUAUAUCUUUGAAGUUGAUGACGAGCAUGUAAAAAGUUUUUUCACCCACACUUCAUUAAUGGAAAAAACACGAAAUUUGACAAAUACCGACGUUUGAACCCGGGUUUAUUACUUCUAAUAAAUUUUAGGGAAAGGCCGGUUACUGUGCUCCUCAGCUUCACGACCUGGAACCAUCCCAGUUUAUCCACUUGUAACGCUCACUCGAGUCCCUUGUAAUGUUUCUUCUGGUACCAUUUACUUAGUUAUAAUCUUCUUAAAUGGAGUCAAAGUGGUGAUAUAUAAUGUAUGUUUGUUUGCAUUUAAAGCUCAAUGUUGAAGACAUUGUUGCCUGAGGUGCCUACAACAGAGCCAGUGCGUGAAGAAGACGAGAUAUUGGAUCUCCCUGAUGUGCAGCGAUGGCUCUCUGAGCUUCUUCAUUUGGAAAUCCUCAUCGCUCUUAUACGACAACUUAUUCAGCGCUUCUUCUUACUCAAAGGUGAUCCUAUGUAUGACUCUAACGGAUAUAGAGAAAGGGAUUUCAUUUUGGUGAUUUCUCUCUAUACAUACAUCUCCUAGAUGCAUAGAAAGUGUUUGUGAAAAUGCCUCAGAGAUUGUUGAUUUUCAAAUUGUACUGCAUUCCCAUUUAAUACAUCAGAGAGCCUCAGAGAUUUGCAAGACUUUAAAA